AUGAGGCUCGCUGCCUAUGCUGGAACCUCUGCGCUGGUGGCAGCCGGUGCUCUACUGAAGGCUUUCCACCAGCGGCCCAACUUCUACUCGGCCACAGUCUACCUGUCGCAGAGCAAUGCCUGUGUUCUUGUGAGUGAAUGCCCCUGCUGUGCCAGCCAGACGCCGCUAACUCCGUCACCAUCCAGNAUCCUCACAAACCUCGCCCUGGUUGCUGCCUGCAGCUUCAUCUACGGUCUCCAGCGUCUCUUCUAUGGCCCCCUCCGGCCCAUCGAAAUCGAGCAUCUCUCCGAGAAGGCCUGGUAUGCCGUCCUCGACACGCUACUGGCCAUGCCCUCGCUGAGGGACGAGGUCGGAGGCUGGAUGCUUGCCGUAUUCGUUCUCCUGCUGGCCGGCAAGGUCUGGAGCUGGAUCGGUGAAGGCCGUGUCGACAUUCUUGAGCAACAACCGCCACAGAACCCCCGCCUCUUCCACGCACGUCUUGCUUCGUCGCUGCUCGUAUCCGCCGCCUUUAGCGCUGCCAUGCUGAGAUACUGUAUCGCUACCGUCAAGGAUGAUCCCCGCCCUGGCAUGAUGGUCAUCUUCACCUUCGAAUUCGCUAUUCUUCUGAUCUUCUCCUUGUUCACCCUUCUACGCUACGCCCUAGCUCUGACAGAAGCACGUGUGUUGNNGAAGCAACAAACAAAAGCCAAGAUGGACGAGAGGAGAGCAGAGAUCCGCGCAGAGAGAGAACAACUGGAGCGCGAGCGCGACGAGUCAACCGACCCUGAGAGUCUGCCUCCUCUGCCUAGCGAAGAAGACGUGGAUGAAAACGAGAUCGAUGUUCCGGGAUGGGAAGAAAAGCGUCGAUGGUUGUUUGGCCUCGAGCUUGCUACAGACUUUAUCAAGCUCAUUGUUUACACCGUCUUNUUUGGAAUCUCCUUGACCUUCAUGGGACUGCCCAUGCACAUCAUUCGCGACGUGUAUCUGACCGCUGCAUCGUUCGUCAAGCGUGUCAACGACUACAACAACUACCGCAAGGCCACUCAGAACAUGAACAGCCGAUACCCAGACGCCACCAGCGAAGAAUUGACCAAUGACAACACUUGCAUCGUCUGCAGAGAAGUCAUGGUUCCAUGGGGGCAACCCGAUGCCGCAGGACAAGCACCUAGAUCCAGUCUUCUGAACGAGGGUAUGCGCGCGAAGAAACUACCAUGUGGUCACAUCCUUCAUUUGCGCUGCCUCAAAGCCUGGCUCGAACGACAACAGGCCUGCCCAACUUGUCGCCGCCCUGUCAUUCCUACUGGAACUCCUGCUGCCGAUGGCGCAGGAGCUGGCAACCAGAACGCAAAUGGUGGUGCUAACGGAGGUGCGCAACAAGGAGUUAACCCUCCAGCUGGUGUUCCUAACCCGGGCAAUGCCAAUGGAAAUCGUCCAGCUCAACCCCGCCUGCGUAUGCUCAAUCUUGGCCCGAUACGCAUCGGUGUCUAUAACGGACCUGCGAAUCGCGUGCGAGAAGCUCUAAAUCAAAGACGAGCACAAGAUAAUGGUAAUGCCACUGGAACAGCAACACCGGCAGCAACUCCAGGAAUGGGAGCAUUGGCUGGAGCGAGCACUCAAUUGCAGCUUCUACAGGUAGAAGAGCGUCUAAUGCAGGAAUCCCGCCGCUUACAGAUCGAGCAAACCCAGCUCGCGACUGUUCGUGCCUUGGAAGCAGAAUUGGCAAGACUCCGCGCACUUCACAGCAACAACCAGGCUGGUAACGGCAUUCCCGGUCCAUCAGCUGGCGCAAGGUCUGCGACACCUAACUUCUUCCCGAGUCCUAACAUGAUGGCCCCUGGCGCUGGUUUUGCGCCACCACAAGUAUUUCAACCUGGCCCUGGACAAGCGCCAAUGACACAGGGACAUGAGGGACUGCCGCCUGGUCUUGUGAUACCUGAAGGAUGGACCAUUGCGCCUCUUAAUAGAGUCGAAGGCACUUCGCAGCCUGGCGGCGCCAUGCCACAGACACAGACACAGUCUCCCAUACCUACACCUACAAUUGCAGUCCCGACGAUGAACAUCACAACUGAACAAAACCAAAUCGAAGAACCAACGCCUUCGGAUAUCACGGAGACUGCCGCUGCCAAUGGUCCAAUCGAGCAGAGUGACACUACUCAACAAGUAGUACCAGAACAAGUAGUACCAGAGGUGGAACCUUCCAGUCAAAACCAAGAAUCCCCUUCGUUGUUGCCUUCGCAGGGUCUUUCUUCAUCAAGUCAAGUCGAGCAAUCAGAGCUUCCAAGCAAUAACGACCAUGCCGAUGUAGCUGAAGAAGCUCCCACAGAAGCCACUGGGGAGACUUUGUUGGAACCAGACGUUCCAGCACAAUCAGACUCCAGUUUGCCGACAACUCGAUCUAACGGAUGGGGAGAAAGUUCGAGCUGGAAUUUUGACAGCGUUGAUGGUAUCGACAACGUCGAAGGCGAAAGCAGCGCCCAGCAGACUGGCUCUGAGGAGCAGCACAAAGCAAUCGACAAGGGUAAAGGCAGAGCAGUGACUGUAGAGGACGUGGAGGACGCGGAGCAGUAG